GCGGGAGGGCGGAGCGGCCGCAGCCUGGGAGCAGCAUGUGGACAUUCGGGCGCCGCGCGGCCGCCGGCCUCCUGCCUCUCUCGGCGCCCCCGGGCUCGGCCCCGGCCCGCGCCGGGGCCCAGGGGCCGACGAGGAACGCCCCGCUCUACAGCCGCCGGCGGCUGCGCGUCGGGACCGGAGCUACCCGCGUACCCAGCCACGCCAGUCUGAGCCUCCACCGCCUUGAUCAGAUGGUGAAUGUCAAAAAGCAGAGUGUCUGCUGGAUGACUGUGAGAACAGUGGGCACGGUGGGCGACCCUGGCUCUCUGGAUGAGACCACCUAUGAAAGACUGGCUGAGAAGACACUAGACUCCUUAGCAGAGUUCUUUGAAGACCUCGCAGACAAACCUUAUACGUUCGAAGACUAUGAUGUCUCGUUUGGGAGUGGUGUCCUGACCGUCAAACUGGGUGGAGAUCUAGGAACCUACGUGAUCAACAAGCAGACCCCAAACAAGCAGAUCUGGUUAUCCUCACCCUCCAGCGGCCCCAAGCGCUACGACUGGACGGGGAGGAACUGGGUGUACGCGCACGACGGCGUGUCCCUGCACGAGCUGCUGGCCGCGGAGCUGACCGAAGCCUUCCGGACCCAACUGGACUUAUCCUCUCUGGCCUAUUCCGGAAAAGGCGCUUGAUGCCCCGUCCAGUCCCGGGGACAGUAACAGGUCUGAAGCCAAGACCCCGGCUCCGCCCCACUGCUGGGGGUCUGGUUGGUUCCAUUCCCACUUUGGAGGACAGUGCGUGUUGUGUAAGGGCUCGGUGAAAAGAACGUGUUGCCUCCCACCCUCCCCUAAAUUC